AUGAGCGUCGAUUGUGGAGAUCCAUGGGCGACGUGCACGGACGAUCUGGGCAUCAAAUGGAUCGGCGACGGUGUUUACGUUAAUAUAGGGAAAACUGCGAAGGUCCAGAUUAACAAUUCAUACUACGAUGAAGAGCAAACCCUCCGUUACUUUGCCUCCCAAAAGAGGAGCUGCUACGUGAUACCAGGUGUGGCGAGGGGAAGGAAGCACAUGAUAAGGGCAUCCUUCUUCUAUGGCAACUACGAUAGCAAGUCAUGGCCACCUUCCUUUGACCUUCAAUUUGAUGGGAACCAUUGGAUCAGCGUAACAGCUUCAUUAGACACCUCCCUUUAUUGGGAAGUGAUAUAUGCACCCAAGAGGGACAACAUCAGCGUCUGUGUUGCUCAGACAUCGCCCGACCAUCUACACUUCAUCUCUGUUCUCGAAAUCAGGGAACUUGCGCCCAAAAUGUACGACACGGAGGACACGGAAGACGUGCUUCUGCAUUGGUGGAGGAGAGCCUUCGGAGUGAAGGACUUCAUAAGGACAAUAGCAAGGUACCCUGAUGACCCUUUCGAUCGUUACUGGCAUCCUUAUCCAGUUGAUGGAAUUGAUGGCGAGCAUAAGAAGAGGAAGUGCAGACAAGUCAUUCCUUUUGCUAACAGUGGUAUCAGAGCCAGGUCGAUUGUGUUGUCGUGA